CGGGGCUGCGCGGAGCCGCCGCCGCCGCAGCCAGCCAGCAGGGAUGUGAAACUUGUCCCGGAUAUUUACCUAACUCUACCUGGGCUUUCCGACGCGCCCCGAACCGAGCUCCUCACAGCGGACACUCGGGAAAAACUAAAAUAAAGAUAUCUCCGCUCUGUCUGUGACGCGACACCGCCGAGGUAGUACCGCUUAGUUUUUUUUUUUGUUUUGUUUUUUGUUUUGUUUGUUUUCUCACUCCGUUUUAUAACUCUUCCCAGAAGAAGCGUGAACUUGGCCGGGCAGCUGCCGUAGCUGGAGCCGCGGCCGUGGCUGGAGGGAAAAGAAAGUUUGUUCCUGUGUGCGCGUGGGGUUGUAGCUGCAGAGGAGCACGAGCUGUUAACAGGUUCCCUGUCCGCGCUGCCGCGGCUCAAAGUACAGCCAGGUCACCGCAGGGUUCACGGUCGAAAGCCUGGGAGCUCAGACGUGGGCCUGAAACACUCGGGUCGGCCCUGUUUACUCGCUGACACGUAAAAAUAAAAGAGCCCAGGCUAAAGAUCCCACUCAGCCAGGCUGCCUCCUACACGUACUCACUGGCCCAGAGGAAGUUAUGGAAAUUACAUAUUUCUUUAAACUAAGGCUGGAGUGUUUGCUGGUAAAAUGUGGACAAACUUCACCUUACUUUUAAUAAUUAGAUGCCAAGCAGCCGGCCAGGUCCCAGUCUCCCCAUAAUAACCAACUUCCUUUAUGAUGUACUUGUAAAUUCAUUAGACAGGCGCCCGUGAGAGGAGUUAUUGUGGAAAACAAGCCACCCAACUGGGACCGGCUCGGUUUUAAUACAUUCAGAGUGUGUCACCGUGUUCAAACAUUAACCCAGACCUUCUGUUUCUUUCUUUCUUCCUCUUUUUUUUUUUCAGAAAGUGAGCUGGGAGCCACAUCAACCCACCUGGAAAUUCAAGACAAGGACACACAUGUCUCCACUCGGUGGCGAGGCGAGGGUGGCGUGUUUGUCUUGAGACAAGGGAGGCAGGGGUUACCGUGGUAACAGACAUGCCAAAGCCGGACCUGCUCUGCCUCGUUCAGCUGCUGGACGGCAGCAUCGAGACCUUCAGAGUCAGCAAGCAGGAUGAAGGUGUGGUUCUGUUGGACCUGGUAUUCAGCCACCUGGGCCUGCAGGAGAAGCGGCUCUUCAGUCUGCAGAUCAGAGAGUCGAGCACCGCCAUUGCCUCCAUCGCAGCCAACACGCUCUCCCCAAGAUGGUUGGAGCCAGAGAAGCCCUUGAAGAAGCAGAUAAAAGGUCUUGCAUCCCCCUUUUAUCUGAACUUCAGAGUGCGAUUCUUCAUCUCUGAUCCCAACUCUCUGCAGCAUGAGCAGACCAGGCACCUGUACUUCCUCCAGAUCAGGAGCGACAUCAGGGAAGGACGGUUGCAGUGCCCGCUGAGUGCAGCUGUGGUGCUGGCUUCUUACGCUGUGCAGUCGGAGAUGGGGGAUCAUUGUCCGUCCAGACAACCUGGGUACCUCUCGAAAUGCCACUUUAUCCCCGAACAGGACGAGGACUUUGUGGCGAAAGUGGAAGAUCUGCAUCCACAACACAAGGGGCUUAAGCAGAGCGAGGCGGAGCUGUGUUUUCUCAACACUGCACGGACGCUGGAGCUGUACGGAGUGGAGCUGCAUACCGCCAUGGACACCCACGAUACACCUCUAAUGGUGGGUUUGACCUCCAGUGGUGUUGCGAUGUUCUGUGAUAUGAUUUGCUCCAGUUUCUUCCCCUGGGGGAACAUCAUCAAGAUAGGUUACAAGAGGAGGCGCUUCAUUGUGCACCUGAAGCGUAAACACGGGGAGACCCAGGACUGUGAGGUGUCUCUAAACCUGCCCUGCCCCAAGACUUGUAAGAACUUGUGGCGGUCCUGUGUGGACCACCACAACUUCUUCUCCUCCAGCCGGACUGGCAGGAGCGCCAAACACAGCAGCAGCAGCAGCAGCACAGUUAGGGGGUACAAAAAGCUGAUAACGCAGCACCUGGGCCUGAGCAACAGUAAAACUGAGGAGGGCCCGGUGUGCCAUAGGGUUGUUGGGGGGAUGGUGUGGAACCCGGUUCUGCGGAGGUCUCUUUCAUCAGAAAAUCUGGAGACGAAGAGUCUGCCCUCCAGGUCACCGCCAUCAACCCCCAAUUGGAGAAGUCCCCGAGUUCGCCAUGAGAUCAGAAAGCCUCGUCCGUCGUCGGUGGAGCUCAGCACGGACCUGAAAGACGUGUCGGAGGGAGAGGACGUCUUCUACACGUACAGGGACUCCGUGAGCAGCAGCAAGGACAGCGAAGGAGACGCAUCACCUCACCACUUUUCUGGUUCCAACAGUCAAGGAAGUGGGGAGGGUUUGUUGCAAGCUGAAGACAGUAUAGGAGAAGACGACAGCUCGUCCCACUACAAUAAAGAUGCGCUCGGUGACGGUGACCUGAUGCUGAUAUGCAUCACUCCGGACCACGAGGGCAAAUUUGGCUUCAAUGUAAAAGGUGGAGUGGAUCAGAAGAUGCCUUUGGCCAUAUCGCACGUUAAACCGGACUCCCCGGCCGGUCGAUCUGAACCCAGACUGCAGGAGGGCGAUCUGGUGGUGCUCAUCAACGGUCGGGACAUUUCCGAGCACACGCACGACCAGGUCGUCAUGUUCAUACGAGCCAGCCGGGAGUCGCACUCGCGACAGCUGGCGCUGCUCGUCAGACGUAAAGGUCCGGGCCGGGUCAUGCCUCAGCUGCAGCUGUCUCUCGCUGCCCUCUCGCUCACCAUCCCGGCACAGGAGAGCAAGCCUCAGUCACCGGGUCAGCCGGAGCGGGUCGCCACGCUGGAGGAAUCCAUGACACGGCUAGAGAGAGGGAUACAGUCAGGCACCCUGUCCUUCCAUUUUGAGAACUUGUACAAGAGGAAGCCUGGCUUGUCCCUGUGCUGUGCACGGCAGCCCGAGAACCAGGAAAAGAACCGCUACAGAGACGUUUUGCCCUACGACGACACCCGCGUGGUGCUGCAGGGGAAGGAGGACUACAUCAACGCCAGCCACGUCACGGUGGCGCCCCCUGAGUCCGGCGUGUGUUUACGUUACAUUGCAGCUCAAGGUCCACUUCCGCAGACCUGCGCUCACUUUUGGCAAACCGUAUGGGAGCAGCAGACGCACACCAUCAUCAUGCUUACAACUCUAACAGAGAGGGGCCGGACCAAGUGCCACCAGUACUGGCCACAUCCGCCGGAGGUGAAGGAUUACGGCCACUUGUCGGUGAAGUGUCACUCGGAGGAGUGCACCCUGGCGUACGUGACGAGGCAGUUCACCCUGAGGCACAAAAAGUUAGGUGAGGAGCGUGCUGUGACACACCUGCAGUACGUCGCGUGGCCGGACCACGGCGUACCCGACGACCCCUCGGACUUCCUGCUCUUCAUCAGCUCGGUGAGGGAGAGGAGGAGAGGCGAAGAGCCGCUGAUGGUACACUGCAGCGCUGGGAUUGGGCGAACAGGUGUCCUGAUCACCAUGGAGACGGCGCUGAGUCUGAUGGACGAGGGUCGGCCGGUGUUCCCGCUGGACAUCGUUAAAACGCUAAGAGACCAGCGAGCCAUGAUGGUUCAGACCACGUGUCAGUUCCAGUUUGUGUGCGAGGCCAUCCUUCGAGUCUACAAAGAAAAACAGGAGAAAUCCAAAGCACCGUAAUCCAAAUCGACGACGGGAGGGGAAAAAAAAAAGAAAAAACCAGGCGCACUGCUCUGCCUCUGUCAAAAGGAGGGGACUUCUGCAGAGCUCCAACAGAUUAAACUCUGCCGGGCUUAUGGCACUAGAACACGCACUGGAUAAUGAGAGUAACAAGCUGCAGAGCACAGCUGUCUCUGCGAGGAGAGAGAGAGAGAGAGAAAGUACGAAUAUUAAACCUAGUUGGCCUUAGUUUUUUUUGUUUUGCUACAAGGUACAUUAAGCUUAUAGACUGGUCUCCAUAGAGACUGAUGUAGGACUGACGUUAGCUGCUAAUUUCUGAUCAAGAGGCCUCUCAGGAAUGACGCUUCUACUUAAGCUACGUGUGCCUUUUAGACUGAAGCUUCCCAGUCACUGAAUCCAUCGAGGGCAGCAGAGGCCGAGUCAGGCUGUUGUAAUCUGCAGUUUAUCUCUGACCCCUGAGACGAGGAGCGACGCUGACUUUAGAUGGCUGCAGCAGAUAGCAGGUCAAAUGGGGGGGAGCGGAGUCGUUUCCUGGCUGCCAAGAGGAGCACCAGACUCACUGUUCAUCACUUUUUAAAUUAUUCAAAUUCUAAAUAAACUCACUGAUUUAUA